GGUGAAUCCUUGAGGUCAUGUGUGCAAUUUGACACUCAAGGUCUUUAAACCGGAGUGUUUCGGCUGUUUUAUAGAAAGCUUUGAAAAGCGUCUAAACCUAUAUCAUGGAGGAAAAGGGUGAUCAAGUUCUGUUGAGUCAUGAUAAUCUCGAUAGAGCUUCACCUGAUUUAUGGCCAGAACAAAUUUCUGGUGUCACUGAAUUCCUUACGUCCCGGCAAAAUGAAAUAAACUUACACACCCCUCCAAAAUAUGCUACUGAUUUGGAUAAAGAAGAUCUGGAACUUAUUCAUGAUUUUGGGAGUCUGUCAACUCAACAGCUAAUGGAUAAAAUUAAACAUUUACAGAAUUUAGCUUAUCAAGUUGGAUUGGAAGAAGCAAAAGAAAUGACCCGUGGGAAAUUUUUAAAUAUUCUUGGGAAACGCUAAUUUGUUGGUUUUAUAAAUGAAUGUAACUAUGUUUCAUUCGUUUUCGUUUAAAUGAUUUAUUAAACUAACGUUAUUUAUGAUAUUAUGGUGGCAUUUCUUGCUGUUAUAUAUAUAUAUAUAUAUAU